UUGAACAUACCUUUCAAGUAUCAAUUUGUAACUUUGUACUAAUACAAAGGAGCGGUUUAUGUUUGUUAAGCAAAAUAUAAUUUAAAAAAUAUUUAUUUGUAUUAUGAAUUAAUUAGACAACGUAUAAAUAUAUUUUAGUUAAAAAUGGGUCUUUUAUCAGACCCAGAAUAUGGUUCCGUUAAAUGGGUUAGGAUUCUUAAAAGGAUACAUUCGCCGCUAUGUUUUCUAUUUUAUGUGGCUGCAAUAGCUUGGUUCCUUACGCUGGCGCACAGAGAGUUUAAUAAUGAGACGUAUUUCUCUGAAAAUGCAUUACUUCCUGGUCUUGUUACCAAUGAAUUUAAUGGAGAGCAAUCAGCUAACCAAUACUUUAACGAGCUCCUGCAAGAACUAGAGGAGAAAUAUGAAGACAGUGAUGAGAUGCCGAUACCGUGGCUUGUUGGGAAAAUGUCACAAAUGCAUUUAGAAGUCUAUACUCAUAAUUUCACAUUAAAUUAUCCUCUCGGUCAAGGACAGGUUUACAAAGGCACAAAUGUGUAUGGUAUACUACGUGCACCUCGAACUUCAUCCUUGGAAGCUCUGGUUGUAACAGCUCCAUAUAGAUCCCUUUCCAACCACCAGAAGGGUACUGCAGCGGGCAUCGCCCUCAUGCUUGCCUUUGCACAGUUUGCAAGACCACAAAAAUAUUGGGCUAAAGACAUAAUAUUCUUAAUCACUGAGCAUGAACAACUAGGAAUGCAGGCAUGGCUAGAAGCAUACCACGGCCUACAGAGAGAGUCGUCUAGCUUUUACACAUCUCUUGGCAGCUUCUGGCAGCCUAGUACAUCUGGAUUGGACUUGGGAAAAUAUGCUAAGGGCUUUGAGUGGAUCACUGAUCACAGUAAAUGCUUGGACCCUGGUACUUUGAAAGGUCGAUCUGGUUCCAUACAAGCUGCUAUUAAUUUAGAAUUUCACACUCCAAAAUUCAAAUACAUUGAAGUAAAAGUCGAAGGCCUUAACGGACAAUUGCCAAACUUGGAUCUCGUUAACUUAGUUCAUAAGUUAUGCGUGAAGUCAGGAAUCCAUCAUUCAUAUAAGAACAGUUACUCCUGGAUUCGAACUCGUAAUAAAAUGGACGAAUGGGUUAAUGGUAUAUGGACCAUGCUUGGAAUGGUGUCGGCUCAAAUUGCUGGGGUGCCCAACGGUAACCACGGCCUGUUCCAUCGCUUCGGAAUCGAAGCUGUUACUCUAGAAGGUCGAGACGUGGAUGACCCAGCGGGGAUGGCACCUCGAGUCCAAUCCCUUAGCUAUGGAAACUUCUAUCGGCUGGGUAUAACAUUGGAGAGUAUAUUACGCUCAUUGAAUAAUCUUCUGGAGCGAUUCCACCAGAGUUAUUUCUUCUAUAUGCUGGCUGCCACGAACAGGUUCAUUUCAAUCGGUCAAUAUAUGCCUUCUUUGUGUCUACUAUGUGGUGCGAUGCUCCUCCGAGCUCUAUCGCUUUGGGUUACCUUACAAAAAGACGUAGACGAUAAUACAGAUAAAAAAGACUCAAAAGAUAAAGAAGACCCUAAAGAUAAAAUAACAGAUGAAAUAGAUAAAGAUAAAAAAGAAGAUAAAAAGGAGAAAAAGGAAGAAAUAAAUAAAACAAAACAUGAAGGAAAAGAUAGAAAAGAAACAGAUAUCAGUUUCAGUAUUGUCAAUAUGGGGGGGAAUUAUUUACUGAUACAUCUCUUUGGAUAUGGCGUCAUGAAUUCGCCGUUAUUAUUCAGCCAUAUAGGGUCAACGUACUUUGACCAGCCAUCAGAGAUCUCAGUGUACUACGGCCUUAUAGCAACAUCUGUCUUACUGAUAUUCAUCACCCCUUUUUUACUCAAACUACGAUCGACGUUAACCUUUGAGGAAUUAUCGAUUGUCAAUAUUUUACUGUUGAUUGAAUUAUCUACAGCGUGUUUGGCUAUCGGAAUGCAUAAUUAUCCGCUGGGUCUGUGUGUCGCAGUCCUGUAUACACCGUUGUCAUUGAUUGUCGGUGUAGUGGACAGUGAUUCAAGAAGCGGUUUCUGCCUUUUUCUCAAACGAAUCAUCUGUCUCAUCCUCCACCCGCUAUCCGUAGUCUCUCUCGGUCUGAUAAUAUAUUCACGGGUUUUAUUCCCGGAAGAGACACUCUUGUCUAUGAUCGGUCGAGGACGUGACGCUGCGAUGCAGGCUGUUAUGUUUUCUAUUGUCGAUUCUAUGAUUUAUGGAAAUUGGCUGUUCAACGUUGGAGCGACGGUCAUUCUGCCGACGUGGUUGUUAUUCUGGCAAAUAUUAUGUAACCGGGUUACUGCAUAAAUACAGUGUUCAAAUACAUUGAUUGUGUGGUGUUGCCAUUCCAAAGACUUAAUAAAGUUUUUUUUUUUU